GGAGUGCAUUGGAGUCCUCGGAGCCUGCACUUCUCUUUUCAGACCACAGUGUCAUCAGGCGGUGGGGAAACCUUGGUUGGAAGGAAGAAAGGAAGUGAAGUGACAGGGACGAGACUCGGGUGUAGUUCAGCUCCCAUGUUCGAGUAGUCGCUGCUGCUGUUGUGCGUCUGGGUACGCGUACACUGCAUUUGGAAGCCUCGAGAUCACUUCCUCCACAUCCUUCGGUGAUGUGCGCUGUCAGCUCGUGGUAGUCGAGCUUGACGCCGGAGCUGCGAGGAGCACUCUGCCUCAACAGGUUAGGCCCUGUAACAUAUGCUAAGAGUUUUGUGCCCUCCGGCGGCUGGUCAUAGCGGCCAUUCCCUGUAGCUGAUUUAUGCAGCCAUGGCGCGUAUGUGCGGAAGUCACUCCCAUGUUCAGUACCCUUGACGUCAGUUGUUCGGAAGAAUUUCUGCUUCGCAUAAUCUUUCUAUCCCGGGAAACGGUGAUCGACCAUGGGCCUGUACAGCGCUUCGCCGAAGAAGUCGUCCGCAGGGUAUGGAUCGCAGAGAUGGUCGGAAGUUAGGAGAAGGAUUGUUCACCGGAGGUAUCUGUGCCUUUGGGUACUGCUAGCUCUGGUACCAUGUUACAUGCUCAGGCAAAUGUUCUCCUCAUCGUCGCCUCGUCUGUCGACAGCCACCACGAGACCCACGGAAGGUGGCAGUAUGGUCACGGAAAAAAUGGUGAGCGAGAAGCCCAUGGAUGAUAGCUUUGAGGCCGAAGAGGAAAAGUAUGAGAAGGCCGAGAGAGCAGCGUCCAUGGCUGAAGAUGAUACGAUACCCUUGCCGAGAGCUGUCAAUGUGUUCCGCGAGGAGGUGAAGGCCGAGAAGGUAGAGAAGGAGGAGAAGGUGGAGAAAGUAGAGAAGAAGGCGGAGAAGCACGAGAAGAAAAAGUCAAAGAAGAAUAGCACUAGCAAAAUGCUUUCCGAUCAUUCCCUUGCAAAGUACGAUGGCGAUUUUGGAGUCCCGGAGGACAAUGACAAGGAAGAGGAACAGCUCUGGCAGGCGCCUCCGUCCCCGAUUAAGAAGCCGACGAAUGUGGAAGAGAGCAGAAGGUGAGGGGAAUACCGACGUGGAGUAGCAGGAUAUUAUUAUGAUUUUCAUGAUAGCGCGGGGAGUGUUGCGCGAUUGAGGAGUACAACUAUUUGUAAAAUGAAGGAUAUAGCAUACAUAGGCAAUUGAAUUAUUGGGUUCAAGAAGAAUCUAUUUGUUGGUCCCAGCAGCAGGUGGACAUUGUCUCUGGUCGAAUAACACCAGAUAUUAUGGCUUUCCACUUUGUUUUACUACACAACCUGUCAUCAUUUUUUGAGCGGUCACCUCCGAUAACACUCGUUGGUUGUCGCGGUCACGGCGACGUGGGCGGUAGAUAGGGACGCCUUCAAUUCAGGAGCAGCUAUGACUAUUCUACGCACGGCCGGCUGCGUCGGAGCGGACCUCUUAUGUUUUUUGAACAUGCAUGAGAUGAAAGAAAAGGUCUUCGAUUUAAAGAAUGAUGUUCUUGCCGGAGCAACGGUUUUCCCUGCUGCAAGGGGCAUAAGACCAAAUUCUGUAUCCUUUCACAUUCACGAGAAGAAUACAGUGUUUACAGACUUUUCUUUGUUUUCG